UGCAAUAAUGUAUUUUGUAAGUGCAUUGGCGAUUUGCAUAUUGGGAUUGAUUCUUUUGUUGAGGUCGAAGAAGCGAAAGGGCCGCUAUGACCAGCUCCCACCUGGAAGUCUGGGGCACCCGAUUAUUGGAGAAACAAUUCGAUUUCUCCGCGCUUUCAAGUCCAACAAAAUAGAUGAAUUCAUGAGCCAAAGGGUAGGGGCAUACGGGCCAGUUUUCAGGACGUGUUUAUUUGGGCAGCGCACCGUAGUGUUGACUGGCGCCACCGGUAAUCGCUUCUGGUUGUUUAAUGAUGGGAAGCUCUUUCAUGGCAAUCCUCGAGGCCCUCACAGAGCAAUCAUAGGGACUCAAUCUUUGCUAGACAAGAAUGGAGAGGAGCACAAGCGAAUGGCGGUGGCUUUGAUGAAAUUCUUUGCACCCGACGAGCUCAAAAAGCUUGUGGGAAGACUCGACUUCGUCAUACGCCGCCACCUUUACGACCACUGGCGUGGAAAAGAUGAGAUCAGUGCCGUUCCUGUAAUGAAAUUCCAGACGUUCUCCGUUACUUGUAACAUGCUUUUCCAGCUGCAAAAUAAGGAGGAAGUUAUGGAGCUCUUUGAAUAUUUUAAAGUGGCCACAGAGGGUAUCUAUAGCUUGCCCAUCCGUUUGCCCGGAAGUCGCUUGCACCGGGCCUUGAAAGCCAGGUCCCAGAUUGACCGCAUUUUAUCUUCAGUCAUAAAACAGAGGAAGAAUGACGUGCUAGCUGGUCGUGUUUCCCCCGAUCGAGAUUUGCUCUCCUGUCUGCUCUGCAACAAAGAUGAGGCGCCGCUCAGCGACCAGGAAUUGAAGGACAAUAUUGUGCUUUUUAUCAUUGCCGGCCAUGAAACUACUGCUAUGUUGCUCGUUCUUAUGUGCAAGUUUCUUGCCGCUAAUCCCCAUUGCUUUGAAGAAAUAGCCAAAGAGAGUAGAGAUAUUGAUUCAGAGGAGCUGACAUGGAAGGACGUUCAGCGGAUGAAAUAUCUGUGGAAUGUAGCUCAAGAAACUCUCCGCAUCAUACCUCCAAUAUCAGGCAUAUUCAGAAAAGCCGCAACAGACAUCAACUACGAGGGAUAUACUAUUCCAAAUGGAUGGGCGCUCUACUGGUCUAGCUAUUCAACAGUGUAUUGCGAGGAGAUCUUUCACGAGCCUCAUAAAUUCGAUCCGUCAAGAUUUGACGGUUCUCGUACUAUCCCUCCUUACACUUUCUUGCCUUUCGGUGGAGGGCCUCGCAUAUGUCCAGCGAACGAAUAUGCAAGACUAGAGAUAGUGAUCACCAUGCAUCAUCUUGUGAAAAGAUACAGGUGGCGUGCAAUCAUUCCGGAUGAACCCAUUAUUAGAAAUCCUCUAUGCGCUCCUUCCAUGGGCCUUCCUCUCACUCUUUUCCCCCUUGAAACAACGUCCACACAUGCAAGCUAGACGCGCCCAAACAUGCAAGCUACAAGCGCCGUACAGGCAAUGGUAUUGCAGUUUAUAAUGAGAUAACUCGUAAUGUCAGGGGAAUAUAUAGCCAAAAUAUUCUAAGACCUUAUAUUGUCGGCAAUCUUGUGUUUUUAUAGAUUUCAUGACAACAUUCCUACUAAAAAUUAUGAGUCGGUGGAGUUUGAUUCAAUUCAAAUAUCGUUCUCCACUAGUUUCUGAGCUUUUCUGUUGUGGGUCAUCCUGGACCUUAUGAAAAUCUAUCUAUAAGUGCAUGAAAUGUGAUUUGUUUUCAGUUUGUCUUCCAUAAACUUUUGAGGCCUUAGAUUGUGGGUUAUAGUACUUGUGAAAUCCCACUCACCAAGAAUCGUGAGUGUUUGGAAAAGUAACUUAGUUGUUAUUUGCGUGGUAUAAGCUUUCGAGA